GUGUGCGGGGGAUCAUGACGUCAGCGUCAGACAGUUCUCAGCGCGUUCGAUCACGGCGAGCGUUCCAAACUUUCAAUGGCUAGUGAUUUAAAGCGUCGAUUCCGCGGCCGCUCCGCGCUACAUGUACCCAUAUAAACGGCGUUUUAUUUUGGCGUGAGAAAGAAUCGUUCCUACGCAGUGACCUUUUGGUGCUCGGAUGCAUAAUAUCGCGUAGGAGUCGCCUUGUGCGCGGUGAACGUUUGCUCUCUGCCUGUUUUCCUUCAUCGCUAAAUGGAGUCACGGGUGGAAUUCAGUCGAGAGGAGAUCAACAACACGGUAUGGGAAGUUCCGGACAAGUACGUUUGCUUGAAGCAGAUCGGAACGGGAGCUUAUGGCAGCGUGUGCUCGGCCAUCAACAAUAAAUCCAAAGAGAAGGUGGCCAUCAAGAAGCUGCACCGACCCUUUCAGUCAGAGAUCUUCGCGAAGAGAGCCUAUCGUGAACUGAGGCUGCUCAAACAUAUGAAACAUGAAAAUGUAAUAGGCCUGCUAGAUGUCUUCACUCCUGCCUCCAGACUGGACGACUUCCAAGACUUCUACCUGGUGAUGCCGUACAUGUACACAGACCUCUCUAAAGUCAAGGGCAUCCUUACAGAAGACCGUAUCCAGUUCCUGGUCUAUCAGAUGCUGUGUGGACUAAAGUACAUUCAUGGUGCUGGCAUCAUUCACAGAGAUCUCAAACCAGGAAACCUGGCUGUGAACCAAGAUUGUGAGCUGAAGAUCCUGGAUUUCGGCCUGGCACGUCAUGCAGAAGCGGAGAUGACGGGUUAUGUGGUGACGCGGUGGUACCGAGCCCCUGAGGUCAUUCUAAACUGGAUGCACUACACGCAGACAGUGGAUAUCUGGUCUGUUGGGUGCAUCAUGGGUGAAAUGUUCAAUGGAAAAACACUCUUUAAAGGAAAAGACUACAUGGACCAGUUGAUUCAGAUAAUGAAAGUCACAGGGACACCAGGUCCAGAAUUCACUGAGAAAUUAGAAAGCCCAGAGGCAAAGAGCUAUGUCAAAUCCCUGCCCCACUACCCACGCAGAGAUUUCUCGACAUUGUUUCCCAGAGCCAGUAAAAAAGCUGUAGAGCUGCUUGAGAAGAUGCUAGUGUUAGAUGCCGAUGCUCGUCUCACUGCUGAUGGUGCACUGGCACACAGCUAUUUUGAUGGCUUGAGGGACCCCGAGGACUGCCCAGUGCCCACGCCAUACGAUGACAGCUACGACAACGCCACGUUGCCCUUAGAAGAGUGGAAACGUUUAUCAUUUAAAGAAGUGAGAAGCUUUGUUCCUUUCCCAAGGAGAGACUCAAAGAGAAGAAACACACUCACAAUGACCUAGUGAUAGUGGGUCUGACAUUAUUGGCGUACUGUAUUGCAAUUAUGCAAUUUAGUUUUUGCCUUGAAACAAUUUGGAAUUUUUAUUUACUCCUAAAAAGUAUAUGAAUAGCAGUAUUUUGUACAAUAAGUGACUUCUUAAGGAAUAUGUGGUAUAUCUGGACAUCUGGUGAAUGAACAUUUUAUUUUGAUAUAGUGGUAACUGUCCUACAUUUAUCGGCAGUGUGCGUCGCACCUUAAAGGGAUCAUUUGCUCACCCUCACACCGUUUAUUCACAAUUUAUUGCAUCCCUGUCCCAUUUCAAACAACUUGUGGGCUAUAUUAAAACCCAUCUAAAGCUGUAUAAUAUCUUUUUGAGGGGAACGGACCCCUCCUUUUGUCAAAUAAUAUGAGGGUGAGUAAAUAAUGACAGAUUUUCUUUUUUUUUUUUUUUUUUUUUUUUUU